GCUUUAUUGUGUAACUAGUCAUGAAAAAAUUCGUACAGUAAACUAAAUUCACUUUUAAAAAGCAUACAGGCAGAGUCAGAUAAUAAUUUUGUGUAGAAAAUAAGCCCAACAGAAUGUUUCAAUCACUGAAACAGAAGAUUGCUAAAGAGACUGGACAGGACAUAACAAGAAUUAAUUUUAACAGAUCGACAUCGUCAACAAAUAGUAAAAUUUUAUCGUCAAGAGACUCAAUUUGUAGCAAUCAGUCACUAGACAACUCAUCUAAGGAUGACUUAUCGCCAUACGAUGAGAAAGAAGCGGAAAUUAAUAUAUUAAGACAGGAGCUUCUAGUCGCACAAAAUAGAAUUAAGACAUUAGAAGUUGAAUUGGAGAAAUUCAAGGAAUCACUGAGAGUCAAUCAAGUGUCUAAGGACUUAAUGUUUGAGGAAACUGACAAGAUCCAUAAUGCACAGCACCAUGAAAUUGAGAAAUUAAAAAGCUUAUUACUAUUUCGCGAGCAGGAAUCGCUAGAUCAAUUGAACAAAUCCAAGAAUGACGAGAGUCAAAUUGAGAACCUCAGAGGUGAAAUAACUAGAAUAAAGAAUAUUGAGGAAAUGUUUGAAGAACUCCAGGAUGAGCAUGAAAAUCUACGCCGUGCAUCACAGCUAGAAAAAAAUCAUUUAAUUACAAAGCUCUCAGCAAAGGAAGAAGAAAUUCGUCAUUUGACAGCAAAACUCGAAAUAUCAGAACAACGUGCAUAUAUAACAGCUUCAGAUUCAGAUAAUGAUAAAAUUAAGUUGCUAUUACAAGAGAGAAAAAUGCUCGAAUCAAGAUUAGAAGAAGCACACAUUCAUCUUCAUGAAAUUAAGAGCAAUUGGACUAGUCAGAAUUUAACUUUAGAGAAUCAAUUGGCAAGGUUGUCAAGACAAGUUGCUGAGGAAACAGGCGAAAAAAGGAAAAUUAUUGAGGCUAAAGAAAUGCUGACUGAGAAAGUUAAACAGCUUGAAUUUGAGAUGUCAAAAGCUAGCGAGGAACUGAAAGUUCGAGACAAUAAGAUCAAAUUAAUGAACGAGGAAAUCGACGAGCUUAAUUCAUCAUUGCGUGAAAUACGUUUGGAAAACGAAGAAGAAAUUGAAUUUCUUCGCAGCAAAGUCGCUUUCCAAGAGAGUGAAUUGAUUUCAACGAAGGAAAACGUAUUGAAAUAUUCAGAAACGAGUGACGAGUAUGAGGCACAAAUAUUAGCACUUCAAAAGGAAUAUAAUGAGGCUCACGAGAAGCUCCGUGAUUCAGAGAACAAAAUUAUUGAAAUGAAUCAGAAAAUAUCUGAAAUGGAGCAAGAUAAUUUAGCAAUUAAUGAUCUUCAGGUGCAACUUGAUAGAUAUGAGGCUGAAGUUACUGAUAAAAACAAAGCGAUAAAGAUUUUAAAUCAGCGAUUAUUUGACGUAAAGAAGACUCUGCAAGAAGAGAUUAAGAACAAUAAUAGUGGAAGUACAGGAUCAAUGACAAGCAAUCAGCCUGCGAUUUUGAUACCUGUAAAUGUCGACAAUAAUUCUAAUAAUCAUACGUUACCGUUCAAUUUAAAGAAGUCUAACAUAUCUGGGCCAAUUGUAUUGGACGAAGUCAAAUUUUCGUAUUUAAAACACGUAAUUUUUAAGUUCUUGACGACGGAAUCAAAACAUCUUAUACGACCGGUGAGCACACUUUUGUAUUUAACCGAUUCUGAGGAAAAGCUUCUUGAGGAAGUGUUAGAAUAUCGAAAAAGUUGGUUCGGUAAACCGCCAGCGAUGUCAUUUCUAUAAUAAGGUAGAGAGCUCUAUAAAUUAUACACAAUAGAAAUUUUAUACAUAAAGGCUGACUAAAUAUAACAAAGCAGUUAUAAUUGAUUUACAUUCUUUAGCAUAAAAGUCACAUGUCGUUCAUUGAAAGUAUCAAGCAUUUCUAAAAUGCACAUUUACUAGGUAAAUUUUCCUUCAUAAUAUUAUAAUUUGCAUUUUUUUGCUAUAAAGAAAAAUUUAAAAACAUUUAUUUAAAGGAAUUUCCAAAGAAAAAUACAG